UUAUUUGUCUGUAUAUAUCAUGUUUACAUUGACCAGCGGACUAAGUCUAGGCUGGUUAAGUUCAUCAUUUUUUUCAAUCCUUUCUUUAGCUUAUGCAUAUUCAUAGAACUUCUUGACUAUAUUAACGUUCUGGCUUAAAAUCCAUCUCUGGCAUCGUUCUAUAAGAAAGUUCACUUCCCUGUCUGUAUUUGUAAUUGUUCUUAGGUCUUUUCUUAGCUGUUCGUGAUGUCCUGCGAGAAAGUCAAACACUAUGUUAAUCUGAUUUACACUUGAGCUUUUGCACUCUUUUUUGAUGCCUGCACGUAGUUCCGUGUAUUUUUCUUGUUUUUCAACAGUUCUCUCCGCAAUCUUGCCAACUUGACAAACUGUGCCUUCAAAUAGUGUCCAAGCAUUAGUUUCUUUAUCUUCUACAACUAUGUCGGGUUUAUUGGCACUGUUUUCUGGAGCUUUCUCAAGUUGAAAGGGUACAUUCCAGUAUAUUUUUGCCUUUUCAUUUUGAAGUACUGCUGAUGGUAGACUUUGUUGGUACCAUGGCUUUCCAUUGUCGCUUUCCUGAAAGUUGUACUUUUCCAGCAAACAGUGGUUUAUCGGUCUCAGCAUUCUGUCGUGUCUGGCUGUGUAAAGGUUUUGGGCGAUCUUUGAGCAAUCACUCAGUACAUGUGUUGUUGAUUCUGUAGCCACAUGGCACAUUCUGCAUUUGGUGUCUGUGAUGGUCAUCUGUGCUUUGCUUUGUUGGUAUGUCUUUGUUGGUAGUAGUUGUUGRCGUAUGYUCUUGUUUACGSUGUAGACAAUAUMGGGAAUGUUUUUCCACUUCUUCAGGAUCUGGUUGGUUGUUGGUGAAAUCUGUUUGUCUUGGAAUUGUUGGUUGGUGUAGGCUCCAAGCCAUGUCUGCUGUUUUUUUUCUUUUAUAUACUUCUCCGUGAUCUUUGAUCGCAGCAGCUCUUUUAUUGAUUUUGGUGAGGUUAUCGUUUUGGUCUCGUUGGCAGGUGUAGGGUCUUUACUUGUAGGUAUUUUAGUGCCUGUAUCAUCGAAGUCGCACGUGAUGUUAUAUUCUGCUGCGUACUUGGUGGCCUGUUUGAAAAUUGACCUUCUACCUUGCGCGUCUCUAUUCAUUUCAAGCGUUCUUGCAUGCUUGAUCCUCUUGUCUUUGCUGUUGUUGAUAUAGUUUGCCAUUUUGAUUGUUGUUAAUUUGAAAGUGUCCUCAACGCUUUUUCAUGCCGCUUCCUCCUAGUUCUUCUGGCUGUAACUCGAGAAUAUGUGAAUCUCAGGGAAUACCAUGCCAUAGUGAUAAAUGCAAUGACUCAUUGUCAUGCCCGCCUAAUAACGACCAUUGUUUCUCUCUGUGGGAGAACACUACUGAAGGCGUAAGAGUGAUAAAGAAGGGAUGCUGGCGUACCAAUCCUGAAGAAUGUAUAAAUGGUGGAUCAUGUUUUGGUACUCCCAGACAAAAGGGCAAGACUACAGUAUUUUUCUGCUGCUGUACUGGGGAUAACUGUAACAGAAAUUUUUCUUUGGCUCCGGUUAGUCAGUGGAUUGUGAAAACACGAAAGCCAUCUGGAAAUGGCUUCCCGACUACCUCGGCAGUCAAAACUGAUUUACCAACAGUAAAAGACCCCAAAAAGACAGGAAAAAGGGACAACCUUAAGACAUUAUUAUAUUCUAUUAUACCAAUAUUUGGUUCGGCUCUACUGUUGGCAAUUUGUCUCUUCAUGUACCAUCAUCAAAAGCAAGCCCGCUUCAUGCAUGGUUUAACAGAGGAAGAGCCACUCAAUGUACACCAACCCCCCUCGCCUGUUCUGAGCAUGAGACCUAUUCAGCGAUUGGAGGUCAUUUCACAAAGCCAAGGUGGCAUCACUGUUUGGAAGGCCAAACACUGCUUUGAAUCAGUAGCAGUUAAAAUAUUCCCAGAGCAUGAGAAGACAGCAUGGUCAAAUGAGAAAGACUUCUAUACCCUGUGUAAUUUAAAUCAUGAUAAUGUACUCAGAUUCAUAGCUGUAGAAAAACACAUUGAAGGAAUUUAUACUGAAUAUUGGCUUAUCACAGAGUAUCAUGGAUACGGCUCACUGUCUGACUAUUUAAAGCAACAUAUUUUAAGCUGGACUGAGCUCUGUCGAUUAGCUAAAACAAUGGCAGCAGGGCUUGCGUAUGUACACUCAGAGGUCAAAGGUAAGGAUGGGUUUUUUAAGCCCUGCAUAGCACACCGAGAUGUGAAAACCAAGAACAUACUAGUUAAAAGUGAUUUAUCUUGCUGCAUUUCUGACUUUGGUCUGGCCCUGAAGUUUGAUGAAAUUGAAAAGCCAAGUGAAACACAUGGACAGGUGGGCACCAAGCGUUACAUGGCACCAGAGGUUUUAGAAGGGGCCAUCUGCUUCACGAGGGAGGCAUUCCUACGUAUAGAUAUGUAUGCACUUGGGCUUGUGCUGUGGGAGCUGGCAACGAGAUGUUCUGCCGCAGAUGGGCCAGUAGAUGAAUAUAGACUGCCAUUUGAGGAAGAGGUGGGGCUGCAUCCAUCACUAGAAGAUAUGCAACAAGUAGUAGUACAGCAAAGAAUUAGGCCUAAAAUUAGGGAGGACUGGAGAAAUCACAGAGGCCUAGCAGGGUUAGUGCAAACAGUUGAAGAAUGUUGGGAUCAGGAUGGUGAAGCAAGAUUAACAGCACAAUGUGUAGAGCAAAGAAUAGCCCAGUUUGUAGGAUACAACAGUAACCAAGGCUUCUUGGACCAGGUACCAACAGUGACGUCAGUCAUCAAUAAUACCUCCAAUACCCCCCCCUCGAGAGAAUCAAGCUUAUGAGUGGUAAAUAUAUAGGUAUAUAAUGUGCGUUAUUUCAAAUUCUCUGUUAGUCAAGUUUGAUUUUCCUGUUUAUAUUAUUCAAACAUCUUUCAUAAUGACUUCACUGAUAGUGGGUUUUUCAAUCAGACUGUUUACGCUUACAGUAUCUUAAUAACUAUACAGAUAUACAUUAAAGGCUUUCUACCUUUCUAUAUUGAAUAUAUUUACUGUACAUACAUAUAGCAGAACCUUCUAUGUAUGCAUAUACACAUUGUCAAUGUAAAAGCUAAUAUUCGGGUAGUAAUGCAGUUUGAACAGACGCACCCGAUCGUCAGUCUUAUAUAAGAAUUAGCUUUUUCUCGUUGACUAACUUACAUUAAUAGCCUGCUUCCGAGAUAUUCUUCGCUUGUCACGCACAAAGGUUUCAGUACGAGGCUACGUGCUAAAUGAAAUUUGUCCUUUUCUCUUGUCACGAAUUACUGAGCAUCAUACACGAAGCCUCACAUUGAAACCUUAGUGUAUAACAAGCGAAGCACUUCUCGGAAGUGGACUAUUGAAAUGACUUCAUGCUGUAACAAAAGGACUAUAACUGCUCUCUGGUUUAUUAUGUUAUUACUUCACAUUUCUUAUAAUACUAUUUAAUAUUGGUGUAUGUAUAUAUAUAUACAAACACACACACACAUAUAGCCGUUGUUUAACAAUUAUUCCGUUUACUUGGACCAAUAAUCUUACGAAAAAGUACCAUCUUCUAUUUCAAACAUACUUCUUAAUUAUGCUCGUACUAUUCUAUACAUCUAAUAUUUUAAAAGCUGCUUAUCAUUCAUAGAUAUAUGUGUAUCUGUUUAAGCUUUCAUCUGGACGGUUAGCAUAUCAUUGUGUUGGUAAAAAAAAUAGCAGUCUGUCUCCAUUCCCUGCAUGGGGCAUCCCAAUAUUUACAGGGAAGCUUGCUAUAUAGGGUGAUAUUAGUCUUCGAUUUGCACGUGACGUCAUCGCGGUCAUGCUGGUGGUGUUUAACGAAACAUUCCUCAUUACCAUCCAUCAUUAACCGCACCAACACGGCCGCCAUUUAAAACCAUAUGUAUUUUACAAGAAUUUUUGUCUUCAAGACCGUGCAUGUUGUGUGCGUACAUAUAUACCCAUGCAUAUAUAGAUAUUUAUGAAAUACUUGCUGAUUGGCUGACUACCGUGUUUAUAUCAGAAGACAGAGACGCUCGCGCAAAAUCGUUCAGAAAUAUUUUAUAAAAGCAAUAUAAAACGGCUGCUUAUGUCUUUGUACUGUGAUAUAUGCACUUUGGGGGCUGUAGAGCACUCGAAAAGCAAAAAAAACCCCUCGUGCUCUACAACUCCCAGCGUGUUUAUAUCGCAGUAUAGAGACAUAAACACUCGUUUCAUAUUCCUUAAAGAUGCAUAUAAGUCAGUGACGCUAAAAAGGUUGUGUAUUGGCCUUUUCUGAGUUCGAUAAACUGAAAGUGUUGAGAUGCAACUUCAAUACAAACAACACCAAAUAAUACAUAGAAGCCAGACCGUGCACCAUGCUUCUUGUCUCAAAAUUGGUCGAUGCUCAAAGAACACAAUUAGCUUUAUCAACUCUUUAAAAAAGUGUUAAUUUAUUGAUUUGUUCGAAAUAGAAAUCUGACGCUUCAUUCAUAUGUAUUUGUCAUAAUUGACACCCUUUUUAGCGUUGACUGUAAAUAGAAAGGUUAUCGGAGCGAAAGGAGAUAAGCCUUAUGGACCAACACAUGCAUUUUAUCAAGAUCUAUAGAGAUGAUUUAUGUUUGUCACUACAAAAAAAAAAGGGGGGGGGGGGAAAUCAGUCCCCGAUAGGAAUCGAUCCCAUGACCUUACGGAUAUAAGAUAACAUAAGACCUCUUGAAUUUAUCAAAAAUUUAACAUUUGCAAACUUUUAAAAAAGCGUAAGAAAACGUCAUUUUCGUGGUAUUUCUCCAGGAAAAAGUGACAAUGAAUUAUUUUGUUGGAUCCACAAUGCAAAGCGGUCUUGACACGCCAUUAUGAGCCCGAUAACCGUUCAUGACAUAAGAUACGUAUGUGUAUAUCAUCUACAUAUAUAAAAUAUACACUCGCUAACUGAAGACACCAAAUAGUCACAGUACGAUAAUUUGGAACGCUAAAACUUCUAAAACUACCGAACUUCUUGAAAAAUCCACGGUUAAUAAUAACUAUUUGAAAAAAAAACAAAAACAAAUUGGUUUUAUGUAAAUAUGUAUAGACUCAGUUCCAAGCCGCUGGUGGUGUGAAUGACCAAUCUCUUUUCAAAUUAUCCAGAUCAUAUUGGAUAUUGAUUCGUCUGUUUUUAUUCCCUUACGUAUAUAUUAUUGAUUAUCUAUAAUCCUUAUUAACAAUACAAGGUUCUAUCAAAUGAUUUAAAGGUUCCCGUCUACAUUCUGUAGGAUCAGCAUUCGCUCCUCGAAGUUUCAAGGUGGACUGGUAACGAGUUAAAGCGAGGUAGAAUUUGUUCUCGUCUUGAAACAGGGCCGUAGCCACCGGUACGGUUGGUCCGGUUGAAACCGGACCAACUUUCGGGAAAAAAAUAUAAGAAAAAUAAGAAAAAAAUAUAAGAAAAACUGAAAACCCUCGAAAACCGGACCAAUCAGAAAUUUGUGGCUACGGCCCUGCUGAAAUGCAGUACCAUAAUCCUUGGCACUUCGAAAAGGCGAAGUAGUCUUGACAGAAAGGAGAAGCUUUCAUUCCUUAGAGUCCUCGUUCCUUUUACUCAGAAGCUAGGAACGAGUUCCUGAAUGAACCAGUUUGACCGGAAAUACUGUUUUUUUAAUGCAAUUGAUGGUUUUCACGGCGGCCAUGUUGGAGGAACUUAACGAAAGAAUUGUCAAUAAAUUCUUUUGUUAUAUCCUCCAAAAUGGCCGCCUUUUCUUUUGUUAUUUAAUUCUCUUGGGAAUGGUUGAAAACCAUCAAUAGCAUUGCUUUGAUUCAUCCAGACCUCGUUUCGUAGUGUGUUUCAAAAGUAACAGACUUGCGAUAAGAUUUUUAAAAAGCCAAUCAAUUUUGUCGGCUUAUCCUUUCUAGUCAAUACCAUCGAUGACUCAUUUAUCAGGCCUCGUUGGUCCUUGUUCUGGUAUGCAUAAACGUAGUCUUGAUACUUUUGAUAUUUUUUAAAAUGUAAUCUUUGUUUUAAUCAAUAUAUUAUUUUUAUAUUUGAUCGAUUAUUCAAUGUAGCUAAAUAAGUGUCCCAUGUUAGAGUUUAGAGAUUAGUAUUUAGACUUGUAGCCAGAACAUAGAAACAUAGAAAAGUACGAGUUCUAUACUUAAAGCAUAAAAACUUUAUUCAUUUGUGGCUGAAUUCAGUUCAAAUGGACUCAGUACAUCGACGAUACGGCGGUCAUCUUGCCAGAGGGCAAAACAAAACAAACAAAAAUGAAGGAAAAUACAUAGAGUUAGUGCGUUUGUCUUUCUUUUAUGGGUAAAUAUGAUCGAUGUGCCGUUUUAAUUCGUCUUUUAUUGUAUUCUGUUGUGGUGAGCUGUUAAUAUCAUUUGACAUCAUUACUAUAACGAAGCUCUAUUUGCCCCCUGGACAGCCCAUAAUGCCUUGCAAUCCAAGAUGGCCACCGUAUUGUCGAAGUAGUCCAUUAAUGACAAGAAGAAAAUACUAAGUUCCUGAUAUUGGCAAAAGACGACCGCAACCUUUUGUACUAACAUAAGUUGCUUCCCAUAGAGAUAUGAGAUCAAUUCUUAUACCUAAAGAAAGAUAAUAAACUCACGAAUCAGCCACGAUUGAAUAUGGUGCACUCUAUGCAUUGUAUAGUGUAACCGAACCCAUUACGCCGUGCGAAACAAUAUUUCUCUGACUUUCUAUGACAUAUUAUAGCAUUACUGUAACCAUCCCAAACUGAAGUACUUCACUUCAAUAACCAACCAAAUAUAUACAGUGAUAUUCUAAGAAACAAUGAUAGACGUUUGCUGUUGUAUACCACCAAGAUCAAACCAAUGUAAAGGCAUAAUCCCUACAGAAAGUAUUUGAAAAUAUAUUAUGAUGAUU